GGCCUGGUGUUGUACUGCGCACUACGGUAUCCCCCAUCCUCUGGAAGCCGUUCAGGUAGCGUCUUUGACCCAAGAAGCCGCCGUGGAGGCGCGCGGGCGGGAUGCGAGGGAGCCUAAGGUUGAGCACCUAAACAGAAACUGCAGUUUUAGUAUGAGGAAGGGAAGAGGCAGAACCAGCCGGAUCAGAAGACGGAAACUCUUCAGAAGUUCUGAAUCAAGAGGAGUGAAUGAGAGCCACAAGCCGGCAUUUAUAGAGCUGAAGAAAUGGCUGAGAGAUAGGAAGUUUGAAGAUACAAACUUAACACCUGCUCGUUUUCCAGGUACUGGAAGAGGGCUGAUGAGCAAAACAUCCCUGCAGGAGGGACAGCUGAUUAUUUCAUUGCCUGAGAGUUGCCUGCUCACCACGGACACAGUGAUCAGAAGCUACUUAGGGGCGUACAUUGCUAAGUGGCAGCCUCCUCCGUCUCCUCUGCUGGCUCUGUGCACCUUUUUGGUUUCAGAAAAGCAUGCUGGGGACCGGUCUCCCUGGAAGCCUUACCUGGAGAUUUUACCGAAGGCCUAUACCUGCCCUGUUUGUUUGGAGCCGGAAGUGGUGAAUCUUCUUCCCAAACCAUUGAAAACAAAGGCCAGAGAGCAGAGAACCCACGUGCAGGAGUUCUUUACUUCCUCCAGAGACUUUUUCUCUUCCCUGCAGCCUCUAUUUUCUGAGACUGUUGAGAGCAUCUUUAGCUACAGUGCCCUCCUGUGGGCUUGGUGCACCGUCAACACCAGAGCUGUGUACAUGAAGCACAGGCGGAGGCACUGCUUUUCUGCAGAGCCAGACACCUACGCGCUCGCUCCAUACCUGGAUCUGCUCAAUCACAGCCCAGACGUCCAGGUAAAAGCAGCAUUUAAUGAGGAAACUCGCUGUUAUGAAAUUAGAACAGUUUCAAGUUGUAGGAAGCAUGAAGAGGUGUUCAUCUGCUAUGGCCCUCAUGAUAACCAGCGGCUGUUCCUGGAAUAUGGAUUUGUUUCCAUCCACAACCCUCAUGCUUGUGUUUAUGUCUCAGAAGAUAUACUUGUUAAAUAUCUUCCAGCAAGAGAUAAACAGAUAAAGAAAAAGAUUUCCAUUUUAAAGGAUCAUGACUUUAUAGAAAAUUUGACAUUUGGAUGGGAUGGGCCAUCUUGGAGGUUACUCACAGUUCUCAAGUUGUUAUGUCUGGAAGCUGGAGAAUUUACAUGCUGGAAAAAAGUACUUCUUGGAGAAAUGAUUUCAGAUACAAAUGAGAAGACAAGUUUGGACAUAGCUCAGAAAAUAUGCCAUUAUUUCAUAGAAGAGACUAAUGCUAUGCUUCAAAAGGUUUCUCAUAUGAAAGAUGAAGAAGUGGCUUUGAAAAACCAACUAACUUUAGUAGAAACAUUGUGGACAGAAGAGCUAAAGAUUCUCCAGGCGUCUGCUGGGAUCCUAAACGAUUUGCAAACAGCUUUUACAUAACUUCACCCAAGUGCAUUUGAUCACCUCCUAUGGUGGGUGUGACUUCUUAAAUGUUUUUCAACAUCCUUAAACAGUUUUAAACUAAGAUUCUUUUAUAUAGAAUCAUUUACAGUCAAUGAGCAAUUUCUAUUAAACUAUUAUAUACUUAA